AUGGUACAUUUUGAAGGCAUACAAUAUCGCUCUCACACUUCUUGCAUAAGCGAAGAUCAAAAAUAUCAAGGCGCAUUGUACAAGGGGAAGAACAAGAAAGUCAAGCUCAACAACCACAAACCUGACGACUGCCAGCACCAGCACCAAGACGAUCGGCCCAAGAACAUGGCUAUGCAGCCUUUCGUUGAAGACAUUGGUGAGGACCGGUCCUAUGAGCCGUGGAACGACUCUGUUGGACAGACUGAAGACGAGCGAUCUCCGGCUGAAGGACUUCCUGAAGCCCCUACACCACCUGCUGCUGCUUCUGAGACUCAUGUCAAUGUAUUUGACUACCUCGUCGCCACGGGACAGACUCCGAAUGCCUCCAACAUGAACCUGCCCUUGGAUCAGCAGGGACCAGACGCCGGCGACGGCAAAUCUUUGCUGCGAUACGAGUCCGAUGCCUCGAAAUAUCUUGUGGAGGGUGGUGAACCCCUCGUCCAGUACGGCUCUGGCCCCGUGCAGACGGAUCCUGCAUUUGUGACCCCAGGUCCCAAGACUGAAAGACGACGAAGCCGGGAAAGCCAGCUCAAGAAAGAUAAGAAGCGCAAGCGUCUCCAUGUUGAUGUUCCUGGUGACCAGAUCAUGACGGACGCGCCGCCCGUUCUUCACUCUGGACUCACUGGUAGCUUGAAGGGGUUGUUGCGGCCUGCAUACCCUCCGUCUCCAGACUACUCCGGCGGCGAUGCAGCCGAAAACUCCCCUGCAAGUCCUCUGAAGAGCACCAUACACUUAAAGCACUCCAAACGCGGACAACCCAGCAACGGCCUGCUCGACAUCAUCGCGAAUAGUGUCAUCAAAUCGUCCAAGAAGUCGUCCAAGAAGCACUCUCACCGUCAUGCAGACCGCAAGGAACCCAAGCUCAUUGAAUAUCGACCGCAAUCCAAGGAUAGCAAGCACGGCGACAGUCAAAUGGUGGUUUUCAAGCCACAUGCUGAUGCCUUUCUCUCCAUGGUGAACAAGGGACCUGAGAGCGGAAAGAGCUGCAGUAUGAACAAGGCCUUGAGGCGAUUCCACCGCGCUCGCCAGGCCUCUGGCUCCAAGGUGACCAAGGCCAAGGAAGAAAAGGAACUCUGGCGAUCCCUGCGCCUGCGCCGGAACGAUCGUGGCGAAGUUGUGGUCUUUAGUAGUGUCAAGUAG